AUGGAAGAAUUCUUUGAAGAAUUUUAUUUGCAAGCUUCUCGUCCAGCUCCACCUCCACCUUCACCCACUAGUACCACAAGUAGUCCACGAAAAUCAUUUACCAGUACUAGUAACAUUAAUACUAAUGACAUUAACCUUCCAUACUCUCUUCCUACACUGUUAUUUCACCGUACACUUAAUCCACGCAUCAACAACAAGCAUCAAGAUGUUGCAAGAGCAAAAAUAAAAAGUGCUAUUGAGCGUGAACUAAGGGAAGAAAAGUUAAGAGAUGCUGCUUGCAGAGGGGAUUGUGAUAAAAUUAUAAAUUUGCUUGUAUUGACACCAAUACCCGAUAUCAAUCGAGCAGAUGACAAAGGUCGGACACCUUUACAUUUUGCGUGUGCUGGUGGUCAUAUUGACGCGGUAAAAUUAUUGAUUUCACGUGGAGCAAAUGUAAAUGCUGAUGCUGAUGUUGUUGGGAAUAGACCAUUGCAUUUAGCUGUGAUUUCGAAUAAAUUGGAAUGUGUAGUUACAUUAUUAGAAGCAGUGAUUGAAAUUGAAGAAAGAGAAGUGUUUCGUCAAGUGUUACAGAUUACAAAAAUACUGAGACAUUAUAUAUCCCUUCAGAGUGAUUCUGCUGACCAAGAAAAAAGUGAUCAUGAAGAAAAUAUUAUGAUGACAGAAGCUAAUGAUAAACAGGAUGCUUAUAAUAAUCCAAAAGCAUCUCCUUAUUCCACUGUGGAAACUUUGGAUAGUUUGACUGAGCAAUUAUCACAAUUGGCAAUGACCAGUGAAGAAAAUAAUAGUAGUGGUGCAAAUAGAAAUAAUAUUGUAGAUUCUGAUUCUCAAUUCCGUAACCAAUCAUUAACGAUGACGACGACUAUAGAAACUAAGACAACGGGAAUACCAUCAAAAUUUUUAUCUGCACAAGAUGCGAAUGUAUUGAAUCAAGUUCAAAGUGUUUUGGAUACCUUGAUAAUACAGAAUAAGAUAUAA